CGCCGAAAUCCCCAAGUUCCCCCACAAACACUGCUCCGAUACCCUGCAGAGCGGGCGCUCACACAUUCAAGAUGCCUGCAUACCACUCCGUCUUCCUCGAUGAGCCAAACCAACAGUUGAUCGGCAACUUCGCCCUCCUCCCCCUUCGCACACGCACCCGCGGGCCCGCUAUCCAACUCCCCGCGCUCCCCGCUGACGUCUCGGACCUCACCAUCGAAGCCAGCCAUGAGUCCUACGACCCGCUCGACGAAGUCCUCUCGCUCUUCCGCGCAAACACAUUCUUCCGCAAUUUCGAGAUCAAGGGCCCUGCAGACCGGGUUAUGAUCUAUGGCAUUCUGUUCGUGAGCGAGGUGCUGACCAAGGUGAAGCCGGGGAUGGGAAGGAGGGAUGCUGAAAAGGCUGUCAUGAACAUUGCGCUCGACACAAACUUCGCCAUACCCGGAGAUGCAGGAUUCCCGCUGAAUCAGGCCUUUGAAGCGCCCGCGGACAGGAACCAGGCCGAGGUGCUGAGGCAGUACAUUAUGCAGAUGCGACAAGAGCUGGCGACGAGGCUCCUGAACAGAUUAUACGCCGAUGGCGCACAGGUCCCCAGCAAGUGGUGGUUGAGCUUCACGAAGAGGAAGUUCAUGGGCAAGGCGUUGUAGGGGCAGCAUAGGGCAGGGAAGAGCUAUGUAAUGAAACAAAUAUCAUUGACGCAUCCAUCGUAGAUAUUGGGGAUUUGAUUUGAAGCUGUCAUAAGCAGGCAGAAAUGGCAUAGAUGCUAUGACUUCAGAUGAACGAUAUCAUGAUGCGCCGUUCGGCAACAGAUGGCUCGAGAU